AACUAAAAUUGAAUUAAUUUUUAGCCAAACAUAAAAACAUCUAUACAUUAUUUUUAGUUAAAACAGUUCACAAACUUUUGAGUCAGAUAAUUGGCGUGGUUUAUUACUACCCAAGUUUUGUAUGUUCUCUACAUGAGGGUGAUAAAAAGAGAAAUUGGAUAUAAAUGAUGAAUAAAUAUUUACCAAAUUUCUAUUCUCGUAAUUCUUUAGAAAAUCUUCACACACCUUGUUAUGUCGAUAUUUAGAUUUAAAAAGAAAACAAAAAGAAAGGUAAAAGGAAAACCCCUUCGUAAGGCUUAGUACAGAAAAUGAAAAUCUAAAUUUAGAUACAAACUAAUACUUCAAAACUUAUAUGGUUUUGGACUAAAUUGUGGUGGUAAAUUUUAUUCUUAAAGGUAAUUAUGAAUAAUAUGAUAAUGAAAAAAAAAAUAAAGAAAGAAAGAAAGGAAAGGAAAUAGGGAGAAGAGUCGGAAACUUUUCCUUUUGGCACAUUGUAACUUUAGUUAAGUAUUAAGCAAAGUAGCCAAAGCUCACACACACUAUUCUAACUCUCACUUCAAAGAAGAAUAAAAGGAAAAAAAAAACACACACACACAAAAACAUAGAGAAUCGAUCAUGGAGGAAAUGACGUCACGACCUCAACUGAACCCUCGCAACACGCAACCUCCUCUACCACCCCCACCGUCACGACGACCCGACAACAACCAUCGCCCUCCUCUCCCGCCACCACCCUCAAGAGCUCCCUUCAAUCUUCAAACCAAUCCCCGUUCUCCUCCAUUCCCAUCAACCACACCUAAUUCCAACACUCGCAACACUCGCUAUCCAUCUCCGCCAUCUCCGCCGUCCUCUCGACGGCAACAUUUCGGUUACGGAGCGGCAUCCUCAUCACCUUCCUUACGAGGCUGCUGCUGUUGCCUCUGCCUCCUCUUCUCAUUCAUCGCUCUCCUCGCGGUCGCCAUCGUCCUCGUCAUUGUCCUAGCUGUCAAACCUAAAAAGCCUCAGUUCGACCUCCAACGAGUCGGUGUUCAAUACAUGGGAAUAACCGCUCCAAAUCUCUUCUCAUUGUCAUCCUCCGACACCGAGACUGCUGCAACAACUUCAACGACAUCCGCAUCGUUGUCGCUCAACAUUCGAUUGCUGUUCACGGCGGUGAAUCCGAACAAAGUAGGAAUAAAAUACGGGGAUUCGAGGUUUACGGUGAUGUACAGAGGGAUACCGCUAGGGAAAGCGAUAGUACCUGGAUUUUACCAAGAGGCACAUAGUGAAAGAGAGGUGGAGGCGACGAUAGCCGUAGAUCGAGUGAAUUUGCUUCAGGCGGACGCGGCCGAUCUGAUAAGAGACGCUUCGUUGAACGAUCGAGUUGAACUGAGGGUUUUGGGUGAAGUUGGCGCCAGGAUCCGCGUCUUGGAUUUUGAUUCGCCGGGCGUCCAGGUGUCAGUGGAUUGCUCAAUAGUGAUAAGUCCAAGGAAUCAGUCAUUGACUUCAAAGCAAUGUGGAUUUGAUGGGUUCAGUUUAUGAUUCUUAGCCGCCCAUACUUUUCUUUUUUCUAUUCUAACCUAAGUUUCUUCUUCUUCCUCACUCUAUUUCUGCUAUUUUAUACUCAACAGAGAUUGGAAUGAUGAGGGAGAAAAAGAAGAAAAAGAAAGAUGUACAAAAUAAAAGAGAACAAGUAGGUGUGUGUGUGUGUGUAAAAGUAAUUAACAAGCAAUCCUUCUGUUCAGUACUUUCACAUGGAAAUGAGUCAUCCAAAAGCUAGCAAUGGCUUUCUUUUUCUUUGUCCUUGACUCCUUCUGAUUCUUAAUAUUAAAAAAACAAAAGGAAUGGUGAGAAUCAGAAAACUUUAUUCUUUUAUAUUUUUGGGAAGUUUUGUAUUUCUUCACGUUGUCCUCUUUGUUGAUCAAUUCGAUGGUUGGUUGAUAUUUGAUCCAUUUACAUUCCAA